AUUGGUUGAAAAUAAAUAUUUACAUAUAAUAUUAUGUUUAUCUAAUAAGUUAAUUAUGUUAUUUGACAAAACAAUUUAACUUUGUAUGUUAAUCUAAUAUUUAUUACAAAUCUCACCACAUCGUAAAAUAAAUGAACCUAAUCAUUUUCAUAAAAAGUAAAUUAAGAACCUUAAUUUCAAAAAUAAGUUAUAAGUAUAUAAUUUAUCAUCAAAGUGUUUCAAAAAAAAAAUUUUAUACUGUUUAUUUUAUAACAUCAUUCAGUUUAAAUCUAGUUGAUCAAAAAAACACCAUUCAAUUCUAAUGUUAAAUUUCUCACUAAAAUGAAUAUUAUGUUUCCACCCAAGAUAAUCGUUUACUAGAUAAAAAAAUAAAAGGAAAACGUUUUUGACCAUUAAAACAAUUAACAAGCCUGCUUAGUCGGUAAACCCUAAUCCUUCCUAACUAGCUGCAACUUUUACCACGUCAAUUUCCAGCUCAUUAAUCAAUUAAAAACACACACAAAAAGCAAAAACAAAAUAGGAGAAAAAGCCUUAGCGGCGUGCGCGUGAAAGCAAAGCCCUAAACCGAUGGGUAAUAUGUAUAUAUAUACAAGCUUACAUCUCCAUCUCCAUUAUCCUCGCAACUUCCUCACAAAAAACAUUUUAUCAAACAUAUACAUGUAUGCUUAGCCUAUCAUGAGCAACAUCCCUAGAUCUCUCACCGACUCAUCUCUUUCUAUAUUUCUUCUCACUAUCUCUUCUGCCGUCGAUCCUUGGCCCUUUUCUAUCACCGUCUUUUAACACCAGCUGCUCUUCUCCGUCGUUAAUCGUUUUUCAAUCAAUCUUCGUGUUUCUCGAUAAGUGUUUUGGUAAGAGAGACUCUAUCUCUUUGAUGGGUUUUGAAGAACACGUGCAUAAACAGAUGGUGUUCAAGUUUCACUUUCCUCAUCUCCACAUACUCCAUCAUCAUAACCAUCAUCAUGUUCCUAAAGGCUGUGUUGCGAUCAUGGUGGGCCACGAAGGAGAUACAGAAGGUCUACACAGAUUCAUUGUUCCGUUGAUGUUCUUGAACCAUCCUCUGUUCUUGAGGCUCUUGAAAGAAGCUGAAGAAGAGUACGGUUUCAAACACGCUGGUCCGAUUACGAUUCCUUGCCGUGUCGAUAAGUUUAAGCAUGUUCAGGAGAUUAUCGAUGAGGAGAUUCAUCGCCGUCAUAGUCACGGUAACGGACACAACAACCAUAGCCACCACCACCACAACAACCAUCUGCGAUGUUUCUGAAGAUCUCUGUGUUUGGCAUUGGUUUGGUUUGGUUUGGUUUGACAUGUAAUUGUUUGGUUUGGUUUGACUUCUCUUUUGAGAUUGGUUUAGUUUGCUUAGUGAUGAUGAUGAAAAAUACAGAGUGCAAUUGAAUGUGAAUGCUUCUCUCAUCUUUUACUAAUGUAAUCGUGAGGAAUAAGGAAUUUCAAUGUGUUAUUGCCUGAUUGGAAUAACGU